AACUCGUGGAAGCUAGACAAACACGGUUGCAGUUGGACUUGGGCCUCCACUAAAACGUCGUCGUCUCCCGACUCCAACUCCAAUAAGGUAAAGCCGCUGCUAAACCCCCAAACAACCAUUGGAGCCAUCACCACAAAGCUCAGAUCUUCAGUUUCAGAGGAAGAGAGAUGUUUCGGAGCCGAGUUGUAGCGUUGUUUGUGAAGGGCAAUCACAAGGCUCUGUGCAGUCUGCGAGGAACAACCCCGUCUAGGGUGUUGAAGGAGGAGCCCUAUAGAUUAUUCUCUACGGGGAUCACAAGCAAAUGCUUGGAGAAAUUCCGCUCUUUGCCUAAGGGUCACUAUGUGCCAUCUAUAAGGAAUAUGUCUACUGUGGCUUCUGUAGGUGUCGAAAGUAAGGAGGGAUUGAAGCUUCUUGUAAAUGGAGGACCACACGCUCAGAAAAUGGUUGGCAUUUGGCUUUUUUGCUCUGCUUCUUGGGUAUUCAGUAUGGUGAUACUUGGCGGUAUUACACGAUUAACGCGAUCAGGUCUUUCAAUGACUGAUUGGAAAUUUACUGGGGGCCUCCCUCCUCUAUCAGAUGGGGACUGGUUGCUUGAGUUUGAGAAGUACAAGCAGUCCCCUGAAUAUAAACGUGUAAACAAAGGGAUGAGUAUUGAAAAUUUCAAAUUUAUAUACUGGAUGGAAUAUGCACAUCGUAUGUGGGGAAGGGCAUUGGGUAUCAUGUUCGCAUUGCCAUUCUCAUAUUUUCUUCAUAAAGGGUAUAUCACCUUGCCACUUGGAUUAAGACUCUCAGCACUCUUUGGCCUUGGUGCUGGGCAGGGUCUAAUUGGCUGGUGGAUGGUUAAAAGUGGUCUAGAGGAACCAGCAUCUGAGUAUGCUCAGCCAAGAGUAAGCCCUUACCGUCUUGCAGCUCAUCUUACUUCAGCCUUUGCUAUAUACUGUGGACUUCUAUGGACUGGUCUUUCUGUAAUGAUGCCUGAACCACCUUCUAAAUCGCUAGCGUGGGUUAAUGGGGCAGCAAAAGUAAAGAGACUCGCUCUUCCUGUCAGCUUGCUUGUUGGAGUUACUGCUGUCUCAGGAGCAUUUGUUGCCGGGAAUGAUGCUGGGCAUGCUUAUAACACAUUUCCAAAGAUGGGAGACACAUGGAUCCCUGAGGAUGUUUUUGACAUGAAACCACUAAUCCGGAACUUCUUUGAGAAUACGUCUACUGUGCAGCUCGACCACCGAAUCCUUGCAACCACAACUUUAGUUUCAAUUGGCGCCCUGUGGUGGUCAACAAGGAAGUUUGACACACACCCAGUAGUUCGAUCUUUGAUCAGGACUACUCUUAGCAUGGCUGCCCUUCAGGUCACACUUGGGGUAUCCACACUUCUGUCCUAUGUGCCUGUUGAGCUUGGGACCGCACAUCAAGCUGGAGCUUUGACUCUUUUGACCUUAAUGAUCCUUCUGAAUCACACGGUGCGCAAGCCAUCACCUUUCCUUCUCAAAUCUCUGCCUCAAGCUUCCAAGAAAAUCUAGAUGUCUCUGACUUUGCAGUACAUUUCUCCAUGCAGCAAGUAACUACGUGUCAAACCUUCCAUAACCACAUGUCCACAUGAGCUCGAGAAGCGGCCACAUAAGCCCCCAUUUUCCAACUAUAAAACCUCAGUUUCCCAAUCCAGAAGCCACAUUGCCAAAAGAGAUUGC